AUUUCUGUUAUGUCAAUUUUGACAUUUGUGCUACUGUUUUGUUGUUGUAACAGGUUUCCAUACAUUUUUGACGUUUAUGAGAGAAUAACAUUUUUGGUUGCAAUUAUAGUGAACGAGCCGGCACAAAAUUUUUGAUUUGAGUUUAAUAUAUAUGAUGUCAGUUCAAUAGUGAAUUUGAAUUAAAAACUUGAAUGUAAUUAUGGAGUUUGAGGUGACAUCUGAAGAAAUUGAAAUAGUGCCAGAAAUUGACACAUUAAGUAAUGAGGAAAUAAUUCAUCGUUGCAUCGCUAAAAAAAAUAUUGAAAAUAUCAAUUUGGGUGAUAAACGUGAUGUUAAAACCGAUAAUCCUGAAGAAGCGAAGGAGCUAGAAAUCUUUUAUGAACAAUUGUACAAUUCCUUAACAACUCAGCCACCGAUUCAUAACAAACGUAUAGAGGCAGUUUGGGAUCAUGAAAAGCAAGCUGUGCGUGUUGUCAAGAAACAGGGUAAAAUGGAUAAAUUUGGGUAUACGAGCAAUAAAGAAUUAUACUUAGAAUAUUUUGAAGCCUUAUUUUUAUUAGAAGAUAAUCGUUUACUUUUGAAUUAUUAUGGUAUGCCAGCUACCUUAGAACAGGCAUAUUUAUUGCUAAUUGGUGAAGAAGCUUCAAUUAAGUACGCAGAAUAUACGGUAUACAGUACGUUGACGCGUAUGGGUUACAUAUUGGUAAAAUAUCGGAAUUGCAGAUAUAGUAAAGAAAUAACGGAUACCGAUUGCAUUUGGACUAUACUUGAAAAUGAAGUACAAGGUAAACCUAUACCGGAUGAAAUAAGUACUUUUAAAAAUUUUAAUAAUAUAAAAUGCUCGAUGAAUGAAAAUAAAAACAAAAUCAAAAAUAGCAUAUCUUGUUUCAAAGAUGAUGAGUUGCCAGAAAGCAGUAGUACGAAACAUAUAAAUUUUGCAAAAAGAUUUAAAUGUAACAAAAUUUCGAAUACUGAGAACUGUUGGCAACCAUCAAAGCUAUCAGCUCUCUCAACCUCAUCGGGCCAUUUGGAUGAACUAAAAAGUGCCGAAACAUACGAAAAAUAUCAAAAUCUGUUCGAUGAAUUAGAGAUAAUUCAAUUAAAAACUGAUAUUAAAAGUCCAGAAACUUGCAGAACAUUUUCCAUUAAUUUCGAUCUAUAUUUGCAUCAAGGAUUUCGAAAAAGUGGACCGGGUCCACCAAUAUUUCGAUUGAUUAUUUUGGAUCCAGAUGAUAAACAUCCGACUCAUGAUGAAAUUCUCAUGUGCUACCGCCAACAAUUACAUCCCACUCGACUAAUAUUCAUAACAUUAUCAACAUCAAAUCAACUAAGCGGAUUUCAUUGCUCAUUUACAUAAAAUAUAAAUGCAUAUUUGAAAAAUCGUCUUCUAUUCAACUAAUUGUUACAGUUCCUUUAACUCUUGCGAAUAAUUUGUUAUGAUACUAAUUUAUUUGUUUUUUUAAAUAUGU